CCACAGUGGAUCGAAAGGGUAACAAGUUAGGCUACUACUGUCAUUCAGUACAGUUCGCAAGAUAUUUUAUAUUGUUAAGCUAACAUGGACUGGAAGUUGAAUAGAUAUUCGCGUUUUAAAGUGAAAACCGAGGACACGGUGCUUUGGGAGAACAUCACGAGGAGGCUGCUGGUGGAUUUCAGGACGAAGAGGAGACAUUGCUCCGUUCCUACAUCACAAAAGACAGGCACCGAGGCGCCUCAUCUCUCAUCAUCGUACAAGCGCUUCAAGAGUCGGAUGGUGACCAGGCGGCUGAGCGCAGAGCAGCCUUUAGCCAGUAGCCCCAUGGUCGCCAGGGGGCGCCAUUCUCCCUGCCGAGAGAUCGACACGGUCUGUCAGAGACUGUCUCUGGAUUCACCGUCAGGGGGCGCAGCGAGAACAAAACUGACACAAGAGCAGAGCACAGAGACAAGCCUUCAAGACACAGUGACGGAGGCUGUAGUGUCAGACCUAUCGCAGCAUGUCGUCAGACCUGUCACCGCGUCGACCACUUACAGGAGGAAUGUGCCUAAACAGGAUUGGGUGUGGUCUGCUUCUGGAGAACAGGACAGAAGCUCAGAGAAGCCAUUCUCUGUCAUGUAUCUGGCUCCCUCUACUCCAGACCAGUCUAAACCACAGCUGACUCUGGCACUGCCCUCUCUGCAGGAUGACUACUACAGCCACCCGUUGGACUGGAGUAACAGUGGAAUCGUGGCCAUGGCCCUGGGGUGCGACGUGUUCCUGUGCAAGGCAGACACACUCACUCUGCAGGGCUGCAUCCAUCCCAGAGCAGCACCUUCUCUCCCACUGAGCCUGUCUCACUCGGUCUCUUCUGUGUCCUGGAGCAGAGAUGGAUGUAUACUGGGCAUCGGAACCAAGGAGGGCAACGUGCAGCUGUGGGAUGUGGAGAAGAGGACCAGACUGAGAACUAUAACGUCACACCUCUCUGGAGUGGGGGCGCUUAGCUGGAACCAACACGUACUCAGCAGCGGUUCUGUUCUCGGGCUAAUCCAUCACCAUGACUACCGACUUGACCCCCCGACAGUGGGUGUGUUCCAACAACAAGGGGCCGUGUGCGGGCUGGAGUGGGCGCCGCAAGGAGAUUGGCUGGCCAGUGGCUCAAUAGACGGCCUCCUCAACAUCUGGACCAAUGACCUGGGGUCUAAGACGAAGACACACCCACCUGCUAGGACAAUGACACAACCCAGUGCGGUCAAGGCUAUGGCAUGGUGUCCUUGGCAGAAGGAGCUGAUCGCCACGGGAGGGGGGCAGAGCGACGGUGUUCUGAGGAUCUGGAAUAACCAAUCAGGUACCUGCGUUGACUCCGCCCAGACCAACUCACAGGUGUGUUCCGUGGUCUGGUCAGAGGAGAGGAAGGCUCUGUUCACUGGCCAUGGUCUUCCUCAUCACCAUAUAACCUGCUGGAGCCCCUCCCCCUCACUGGAAGAGACCUACCAGCUACAUGGUCACAUGGGUCGUGUUUUGCACCUGGCCCUCAGUCCCAAUGGAACCAAGCUCCUCUCAGCUGGAGCAGACUGUCUGGGCCAUGUCUGGAACACCUAGGACACCUAAAACACCUAGGACACCUAAAACACCUAGGACACCUAAAACAUCUAGGACACCUAAAACAUCUAGGACACCUAGGACCCCUAGAAGUAAGCUCCUUUCCCUUUCUCUGAGCUGGGGCAGACUCUCUGAGCCAUGUCUGGAACUCCUAGAAUCAACACAGACAUGCAGACGCAUGCACACACACACACACACACACACACACACACACACACACACACACACACACACACACACACACACACACACACACACACACACAUUCAAUAAGGUAUGUAUGGGCUGUUCUCGUGAGAAAUGAUUCAGGUGCUUGAGGUUUGACUUUCAACACAACAAAUCCUCUCAGAGCCAGAUGAAAUGGCAACUGAGCUUUUCUGAGAGAUGUAUGUGAAUCAAAUAAAAUGUAAUUGUAUUGGUCACAUACACGUGUUUAGCAGAUGUUAUUGCGUGUGUAGCGAAAUGCUUGUAUAGUCAGACCUGGUCACGACUGGUUGUAGCUGAACUUUCCCAGUUAUUUGUCUAAAGGCAUCGUUCAGUUGUAUGAUCAGUCAAAUGAUUGGAUAUCUUUGUGAUAGCAUGUUCAUUUGAUGUUUUGUGGUGUAUUUUUUUAAUAAAUUAAAAAUAACUGUAUAAAUAUGUUUCUUUGAUGAAACAAGAGUAAGCAUUU